AUGUCCUCUGAAUAUGUUCUGAGGAAUUUCGUGCCAUAUUUGACAAACUAUGAGCAGACAGAGAUCUGUAACUACAAACACGUGUGGUACCUGGGAAAGAUAACAACAAACAAGAUUAUGUGCAACACCCAGAAUCCACAGUUGUUCAACUUUGGCUUUGACACUGAGGAAGGAGUGUACAGAACAAUUCUAAAUGACCACUUGGCCUACCGCUAUCAAAUCUUGGCAGCUAUUGGGAAUGGCUUCUCUGGAGAGGUUCUCAAAUGCUAUGAUUAUAAGACCAAGCAGUUUGUGGCCAUCAAGGUCUUUCGAAACAAAGACAGCGUUCUUAAGCUGGCAAAGUCGGAAAUGAAGGUUUUGAAAGCCCUGCAAGAGAGUGACAAGAAUAGCUCAGCCAACAUAGUCCACAUGAAGGAGCACUUCUACUUCCGCAAUCACCUCUGCAUCACUUUUGACCUCUUUGAUGGAGACCUGUAUAGGGUGAUGAAACGCAAGGAGAAGCAUCGAGUCACCGAGGACGAGCUCAAAGGGUACACUGUAGACAUCUUGAAAUGUCUGCAGCUGCUCAGAAAGAAGAAUAUUGUCCAUGGCGACCUAAAACCGGAAAACAUCCUGGUCCGCAAAAAGAAUGAUGAGAGGCAAUCAGCAGUCACUGACUUUGGAGGGAGCUUCUAUACGACUGAAAGGGAUAAACCUCUCGUGUUCACUCUGAGCUACAUGUCUCCAGAGCUGCUGCUUGGUAAAAGGUGCAGAACGGCCACUGACAUGUGGAGCUUGGGUUGCAUCAUAGCUGAGCUCCACCUCAGUCAGCGUCUCUUCAAAGGACCUGACACUCAUUCCAUCUUCAGCAGCAUAAUGGAGGUACUAGGUAUCCCUCCUGAAGAGCUGCUGGCAGACUCACCACAGAGGAAACAGUUCUUUGGGAACCCAAGACGGAUGGAAACUAAACAAAAAUUGAGGACCUCCGUGGCCACAAAGCUGAAAUCUAAGGAUGUCUAUUUCAUCAAUUUCAUUGAGAGCUGCCUUGAAUAUGAUCCAAAAAAGCGCAUGACACCAGACAAAGCCUUGCGCCAUCCAUGGAUUGGGAAGAACUUCGAGCCGAAAACAAUUUCUAGAUUAAUUAAAGACUAUGGGCUGGCCAAACCCCCGCCUCCACAAUCGAGAAUCAAUGCAGUUUACACAGCAAUGUGUGGGAGCAUUAGUCAGUGGCCCAGUCUGUCAUGUGUCUACACCGGGCAUCACACAGAGAGGCAGCCGCUGUCAACAAACCACCACCACCACCACCACCACCACCACCGCUCCUCUUACCUCCGAGGGGGACCCGCUUUCUCCUUCUUCCCCUUCGGCCUCCUCUUCCUGGCCUGGAUGGCCAUCACUGCCGGGGAGAGGUCCGAGUCCCGGAGAGGGGAGAGGUAG